AUGCCCACCCUCGACCCGAACCUCUAUACCGUCGCGUGGAUCGCUCCACUUGAGAUUGAAGUACAGGCUGCCAAACAUAUGCUGGAUAAGGUGUAUUCAGGAGGAUUUCCUGUCGGCCCUGGCGACGACUACUUGUUCUAUGCCGGUGAGAUACAUGGGCAUAAUAUCGUGAUCGCCACUUUUAUUACCGGCCAGCGGUAUGGCACAAGCUCUGCAGCGUCUCUCGUAAUCCACGUCAAGAAGUUCUUUCCAAACCUAUGGUUCGGGCUUCUCGUGGGUGUUGCUGCAGGUCUUCCAACCCUCUCGGGCUCACCUACGCGCGAUAUUUGA